GUUUCUGGACGUCCUGCUACGUCACAAGGCUGGGCGGGUCCGUUUCCAUUGCCCGUCAUAUCCCCUGGGGGACCGGGAGCCAAUAGCGUCGCUCGACAACCCGGAAGGAACAGCAGCCCGAAAAGAGCGCCUGGAUUUCAAUUUCAGAACAGAAACAUUGACAGGUCUGAUCUGAGGUCAGUGUCCGGCCCAGUAAGACCAUGAGUUUCUCCCCCGCCCCCGUGGGCCCGACCGGCAGCCGUAGUGUCCAGGAGCAGAGGGAGAAGUGGGAGAGGAAGAGAACCCGUACAGUCAGGGCCCUGGUCCAAACUGAACAGAAAUACUGUAAACAACUACAACUAGUCAACACGUACUUUGUGGAGAUUCUGAAGGCCAAAGGCACCCUGAGGCAGGACAUUAGAGAAAGCAUCUUCAGUUCCAUUCCAUCCGUCUAUUCAGUAAACCAGACGUUGUUGGUCCGUCUGGAGAACGGGGACUUCGGCCGUGGAUUGGAUGACUUCUGUCCUCACCUCCACCACUACGUUACCUACGUAGACAACAUCCAGAACGCCAACAGGGUCCUGGCGCUCCAGGUAAAGAAGAACAAAGCCUUUAGAAGGUUUAAACUCCAGGAGUCCAGACCAGAGUUCCUAUGUAAACUAGAGGACCUCCUCCCACUGCCUAUACAGCGCAUCCAACAGUACGAGCAUUUCUUACGGGAUCUGUCAGAGAACACGAGUCCAGAUUACCCAGAGUUCCAACCGCUUUCAAGGUCGGUGAAGCUGAUCUCUGAGGUAUCCCAGCGUAUCCAGGACAACGCCCGCAGCCACGACAACCACCUGCAGCUGCGGCGGGUGCAGAGACUGCUGAAGGGGAGAAAGACCAGGGUGGAAGCUCCAGGUUGGUUCUGAUUACAUUCCUUUCUC